AUGUCCAAGGACGAGCUCAGAACUACCAGCUAUCAACUUGGACUUGGUAUACUCGCCGCUGGUAUACAGCCAUAUGAUCGUGUUGCAAACCUCUUCUAUGCGGGUGAUUUAUACGGCAGCUUCCUCCUACACAUUCUGUCAAUCAUGGAUAUUGGAGUUCCACUGGUACAGCUGCCGAUUGGUGGUUCCUGUGAACCCGACAAAAGCAUCCAGCAUAUGCGGCAGUUGAACGCGACUGUGGUGUUUGCCACAGCCACGACUAUAUACAGACUCGCAAAGCACCUGGUCGAAGAGAACAACAUACUCCCCGCUGUCCAGAGGCUACUGUUCUCGGGAGAGCCGUUUUAUGAGGACCAACGAGAGUUGGUUGCGAGGGCAUUUCCGAACGCUACAAUUAGGUCCCUGGUUUACGGUAGCAUUGAUGCAGGCGUUCUGGGUUAUUCAACUCCUGACGAGGACUCCCGCGUCCAUGUUGUGAAUAGCCCGUCAGUGGUACUUGAGAUUGUACCGGAUGGUUCGACAACCCCUACGACACGACAUGGUGUUCCUGGAUCCGUUCUGGUGACAAACCUGGCGCGGAAAUUGCAGCCAGUUGUACGCUAUCCCUGUGGCGAUAAAGCUGAAUGGGUAGAUUACAAUAAUCGCACUUUCCGCCUUCUCGGACGAGAUCAGCAAGCUGUCCGGUUAGGGCCCGUCUCGAUAGAUUUCAAUGAUCUUCAUGAGAUUGUCGCUUCGGCACUUCCGCCCAGGACCUUUCAAGCACUACAAGCAUUGAUCACGAGGGAGAACUCAAUAGAUCAGUUGACUAUCCGCCUAGUCUGCGACAAUUUGGCUCAUGACUCCACAGAUACAGUGCGUGAAAGUAUAGCUAAAGGCCUCGGCAUGCGACGCCCAAUGUUUCAAGACCAUGUCAAGCAGCGACUGGUAAACCCGUUGAAGGUCUCUAUCGUAAGCUUGGAAGACUUUGAUAUUAACCCAAGGACCGGCAAACUGGUCCAACUUGUCGAUAAGCGCUAA